CGCGUUCCUCAUCUUUGUCGCUCCCUCAAUUUCCUCCCUCCUCCUUUCAGACCCUGAUUCUAUCAGAGACAACAAAAAGACACGGCCAAUAAUCAUACGCCAGUUACGGAAGAGACAAUAUGGAGUACAUUCCCGCAAAGAGACCCUCAGGAGCGCGCCGAUUCGCAAACGUUAUGCUCGCGUUCCCAGGCAUUAGGAUCAUUUGGUGUAUUUGUACAUUUGGAUACAAAUUCCCGACAAAACGCAGAGGCGAGAACUUAAUCGUGUGUAUCUUUCAAGCGACCGUAGUCUUUGUCGUUCGGUUCUUCUGUAUCAUGGGCGCCAUUUGGUACAUCAAUGCUUGGGCCGAGUACACGCUCCAAGGAAAAGCGCGGCCCUUCAAUAUUCUGGAACGCCAGGAAGUGGAUGCUGAAGGAACUUUGGCACCAUACCUCAACUUCUUCUCGACAGAGACAAACAAGAUCGAUAUCCUCGGCAUAACAUUUCAAAAUAUGACAGACGAAUUUGCUAUUAAUUACAGUUACGGUAUUAACGGCGGCAUUACAUCUGUGGGUCCAGACGACAACUACAAGUUAAACGCAGAUAACUUCACGUCGUUGCAGUAUAUGAUCCGGCACAAUCCACCUCUGCCAGCAUUUCCCUGGACACGCGUGAGUCUGCUGCACCCCUUGAACAACCUGUCAUUUUACAGCGAACGCGAAAAGCCGAAUCAGUAUUUCUUUCUUCCUGGCCACUUUGUUGAGAUCCGAUACACUCCCCAGUACUUUUAUGAGGUUUACGACCCCAAUGUGAACCCGGACGGCACAGAGAGAAACAAUGCCACUGUAUUGCAAAAAUUCAAGGCCUUCAUGGGAUACGGCGGGGAUGUCGAAAUCCCGACUUAUCAAAGUACAGUGGAGCACAUCCCCUUCCCCACCGGGAUGUACGACAACAUGACCAGCAUCAUCAUUCUCCGCCCGGAGGCUAAGCUUGUGAUCAAGACAUAUGCGUCCGAAGAUGUCACGUUCCGCGAUACGAUGUCGAAAAUCGGAGGUCUUAUCGGUCUUGUCGGAUCCAUGCUCGUCUUCCUGUUUGGUGCUUCACUCAUGUCGCCCUGGGGAUUCAUCGCUGGAGUUCCCUUCUUCCGGAGACGCAUUUCCGGCUCUCUGGCCAAGGCUUACGACAACGAGGAUGGACUCUCCAAAGGCCCGUUCACGAUCAAGAUCGAAGAGGUUGGCUCGUUUGAUCCAGAUGUCAGGACAGUGGACGAGAAAAUGACCUUUCUGAAGGAGAGAGUCGAUGAGCUCGAGAUCGUUUUGAGAGAGUAUUACCUGAGCAGCGAGGUCUUCCAAUAUUACGCGGAGGAGAGGAAGAAGCUUAAGCUCGCCAGGACUGCAUCGGUUGUUUCACGAGCCACAGGAAAAGCUAGCCUGGGAGGUCACUACUCGGACCAGCGGCCGCAGCCCUUGAUGUUGCCGAGCCAGACGUUGAUGGAGAGUCAGCAACAGCACCGGGGUCAACUUCCAUCUCCACAGUUCCCGCCCUCAUAUGCACGGCAGAGCAGCGAUCAACUGGGAAGGCAUGCUCCGGAGCCGAGUGUUUCGACCUACUAUCAGCAGCAGCAGCAACACCAACAACAACAGAGAAGUCGUCGGAGUGAUUCUGAGCAGUCGCUGUUGAGAUCUUCACGCGAGGAGAAUGAGCUCAAUUCACCGACACAGUCGGAUAGAGAUCAAUAUCAAGGGCUGCUCCAGCAUGAUCAUAACUUGCGGCGACAGUCGUUACCCCAGCAGCAACAGCAAUGGCAACAGCAACAACAGCAACAACAACAGCAGCAGCAGCAGCAGCAGCAACAGGGUGCACCAUCGUUCCCACCACGGCCGCCAAAAGACCAGAUUAUAGAAAUGACUUUGACCCCGACCCCGACCCCGUCGUUGAUCGGACAGGGAAGCGUUGUGGGUUCAGAUAUGGGGUCACGGCAUGUUGAGCAGUUGAACAUGUCGGAUCUUUCAAGGCUACCUCGAGAGUUUUAA